AUUUCAGUCUAAACCAAGAACUUGUGGAAGUAAAAUCGCCUUCUUCUUCUUCAACCGCUUAAAGAAUUAAAAAAAAAUAAUUUUAAUAAUUUUUGUGAUUUUUAAAUAUUUUAUUGAAUUUUCUGUGAAAGUUUUGUAAUUUUAGUGAAUUUUGUGUAUAAACACGUAGAAAGAAAUGGAUUCCUUUUGCUCAUCUUCCUGUACAGGAUCAAGUACAGGCAUUGCAAAUCAGUACAUAUCGCUUCUUCUUAGCUUUCUAGUCUCCAAUCAAUGUUCCUUAUCAAGCUCCAAUACGUACCCGACGGAUUAUGGAGAAACGGCUCUACAGAGAGGCUUUGAGACGUAUGAUUUUAUAAUAGUGGGUGCAGGAACGGCUGGUUCCGUCUUGGCUAAUCGCCUCAGUGAGAAUCGUGAUUGGAAAAUUUUACUUGUAGAAGCAGGAGGGGAUCCGCCAAUUGAAUCAACUGUUCCAAGUCUGCUUGCAAGUCUCCCCAGAACUACAAAUGAUUGGCAGUAUACAAUUGAAUCUUCUAACCAUAGUACGUAUACAGGAAGGUGGCCUAGGGGAAAAAUGCUAGGUGGUUGUAGUUCAAUCAAUGGCAUGCUCUACGUUCGAGGGAAUCGUGGAGACUACAACAACUGGGAAGCUCUGGGAAAUCCAACUUGGGGGUGGGAGAAUAUUCUGAAAUAUUUCAAAAAAUCCGAAAAUAAUCGCGAUCCAAUUGUUUACAAGAACUACGGAGGGAAGUAUCAUGCGACAAAUGGUUCAUUAGCAGUUAAGCUAGUUGAUGAAGUAUCCACAAUAAGUUUUGACAUUAUUCGUGCUGCCCAGGAGAUGGAGUACAAAUUUCUUCUCGAUCCCAAUGCAAUGGAUCACAUUGGAUUCACCUUCAAUCAAGCAAAUUUAAGAGAUGGAGUACGUGAGAGUGCUGCAACGGCCUUUCUAGCUCCUAUAAGGAAUCGAACAAAUUUGCACGUUGUCAAGAAUGCGCAGGUUAUUAAUCUUCUAAUCGAUAAGGAAGGUGUUGUUUCUGGUGUGAGGAUGCUCUUGCAGGGAAAACGAAUACUCCGAGCUCUGGCAAGGAAAGAAGUUAUCCUCAGUGCUGGAGCCAUCAAUACCCCACAAAUUCUCAUGCUCUCAGGCCUAGGUCCUGCUCAGCAUCUGCAAAAUAUGAAUCUUCCAGUUUUUCGUAAUUUAUCCGUUGGAAAGAAUCUCCAAGAUCACCCAGGAAUUAUUCUUGCAUUUAAAUUUGAUCAAUCGACUGCCGCAGCUUACAGUCAAGACGAUCUCUUGAGGGAUUUCUCGCAGUACUUGAUGAAUCGUACUGGACCAUUUGCCAGUACGGGACCAAUGUACACAGUGGGGUAUGUUAACACCCACGAUCCACAGGCCAAAUUCCCGGAUUAUCAGUACUUGCACAUGGAUUUCCAGAAGAAUCAAACAGCAAUGCUGCGAAGAAGUCUCCGGUUUUUCGGCUACAACGACUACAUUGCAGAAAUUGGUGCAGCAGCUGCAACAGAUGCGCACGUUUUGCUUGUUCUUGCAACAUACCUAACGCCACAGUUUAGAGGAGAAAUUCUCCUCCGUGGCUCCAAUCCAACGGAUAAACCACGAAUUACUGCAAAUUACUUUACUCGUCCCUACGAUAUUGACUCCUACGUCAGAGCUAUAAGGCUCUAUAUGCGCUUCUUGUCAACACAGAGCUUCCAGAGGCGAGAAGUUGAAUUUAUUCGCUUCCCAAUUCCCCCCUGUGAUAGAAUGAAAUUCGAUAGUGAUGAAUAUUGGACGUGCUAUGCUCGUCAUAUGAUUACAACAGUUUUCCAUCCAGUGGGAACGGCUAAAAUGGGUCCUGACUCCGAUCCUUCAGCCGUUGUUGACUACAGACUCCGUGUUAAGGGUACAAAGGGCUUAAGGGUGGUUGAUGCAAGUAUAAUGCCCAUCAUUCCGCGUGGGAAUACAAAUGCCCCCACAAUGAUGAUUGCAGAGAAGGCUGCUGACUUUAUUAAAGAAGACUGGGAAUGCGUUACCAAUGAGUACUAGAAGCUAGUUCAAGCUGCUUUUCAUGCCAAAAAGAAUUUAUGAAAAACUUUGUAAAUUGAAAUGUAAAUAAAAAAACGUUUUGUAAAAUAAUUUCAUUUUAAAGAAA